AUGUACGAAGCUCUUCUGGUUCUUCUAUCAGUAUACCUCCACCCGUCCUUCGCAGCAACAACAACACUCGGUCCUCAAGGCUCAGUAUCCAUUUGGGCCGCACCAGCAUACAGUACAAUCCGACCCUGCGCAGCCGGCUGUCUAUGGUAUAACGGCGGCCUCUGGACCUGCGGCUUGAACUCCGGCUACUACGACCUAGCGCAAGAACUCCAAUGUAGCUGCUCCGCCAAAAAUCUCUGCUAUUGCGGUAAAGACAACGCGGCGCCGGCGAGCUCCUAUAUCAGUAGCUGUGUCUCAAGUAAGUGUAGUAACUUUCCGUCGGAGGUUACAGGCGCGUUGGCGCUUUACGAUGGAUAUUGUGCUACUGCGAACGUGGAGGUCGCUUCUGCUGUAGCGACGAGUAAAGCUACAACGACGGGGGGUGCGAGUGUUGUUAGUGUCCCUACGACUUCGCCUGAUGCAUUACCAUCGACGAACAAUCCGCCGAACACGGGGAGUGGGGGUGCGGUGGUACAAGCUACGCCUACUUCAACCCCAAGUCCAAACUCAAGUCCAGCGACCACAGAAGAGAAAAAGGGGCUUUCACAAUCUGAUAUCAUCGCUCUUGCGGUAGGACUUGGUGUUGGUGUUCCUAGUUUGUUGCUCGCGCUUGCUACGUUCUUGGGGAUGAGGAAGAAGAAGGAGAAUCGGAGGGUUGCGGCGCAGGAGGCGUUGUUUGUGCCGGUGGGUGUGAGGUAUUGA